AGCCACUUAGUUGGGAGAACUGGUGUGGGAUGAGUCAGUUCCUCGCUGUAUCUGCAGCCUGUGCUGGUUGGUGAUGAGGAAGUGACUCCUGUGCCGUAUCAUCUCCGAGGCAUGCAGUCUGGAAUACGAACUGUAAUGGUGGUGAAGAGGAUCAGCUGCCUUCUGAGAUGGCCCUUAAAAGGAAGAAGUGCUGCUCAACCAGCAGAAAACAAAUGAGUGUCAAGAGCAGACUUCUACCCAGCAUGAAGUGACAAAGUUCUUCCAAUCUAGAAAGUAGAAAAUCAGUUGUAAACGUACCUUAGAAUUGGGAAAAACAGUACCUGUGCUACAUAGCUUCGUGGAUUUGAGACCCCAGUAAGGAUGCAAUUGUGCUGUGAAUCCAUAAAUGGCUCUUGCAUAAGGAGCAGCUGGUCAAACAGCAUCCGUAUUUCCAUGUACAUCUUCAUGGUUUGCAUUAUUCUGGCCACAGUGGUUGGGAAUCUGACAGUUAUCAUCUCAAUAUCACAUUUCAAGCAGCUCCACACGCCUACAAAUUUCCUGAUACUUUCAAUGGCUACGGUAGACUUCCUGCUGGGAUUCUUCGUCAUGCCCUGCAGCAUGGUGCGCUCUGUUGAGCACUGCUGGUAUUUUGGGGAGUUCUUCUGCAAGAUCCACUCGAGCAUGGACAUUAUGCUGAGCACAGCUUCUAUCUUCCAUCUUUCCUUCAUAUCCAUCGACCGUUACUAUGCUGUGUGUGACCCUUUAAGAUACAAAUCAAAGAUAAAUACUUUUGUCAUUGUGGCCAUGGUGUGUAUAAGCUGGAUGGUCCCUGCUGCUUUUGCUUUUGGAAUGAUCUUUCUAGACCUAAACUUGAGAGGGGCAGAAAAGAUUUAUAAUCAUGUCCACUGUGCAGGAGGAUGCUUUCUCCUUUUUAGUGAAACUUCAGGUAUUGUGGCCUCCAUAGUGUCUUUUUACAUCCCUGGAUUUGUUAUGCUGUGCAUCUAUAAGAAAAUAUACUCUGUAGCCAAGAAGCAGGCAAGAUCCAUCAAUGCAAUUAACAGGAAAAAAAUGCGAUUUGAAAUGAAGCACCACAUUUCAUUCUGCAGAGAAAGGAAAGCUGCUAAGACUUUAGGCAUCAUAAUGGGAGUGUUUCUCAUCUGCUGGACUCCAUUCUUCUUCUUUACAGCUACCAAUCCAUUUAUGAAUUAUGUGAUUCCUCCUGUUCUCAUUGAUGCUUUGGUUUGGUUUGGCUAUUUAAAUUCUACACUUAACCCAGUUGUUUAUGCAUUUUUUUACUUGUGGUUUCGCAGGGCAUUGAAGAUUAUUCUGUUAGGAAAAGUUUUUCAACAGGACUCUUCCAGGACUCAUUUGUUCUCAGACUAAUGUGUUUUAAAUGGUGGGAUUCAUGGCUUUGAAGUUUUGCCUGGAGGCUGAACUCUCAGAUGUAAGAGCUGUGAAGGAAGGAAAUUCCUUCCAAAAUUUGUUUGCCUAUUUACCAAAUAUAGUUCAAGCAGAUAAGCAACCAUUGCGCUUUACAUACUCUUUCAUUACAGAUUGGUUUUUUUUGGUGGUGUUUUGAUUAUAUCUAUUUAUUUGCAAUGCACAGAAGAGCAAGAGUUCCAUUUAAAAAAACUUACAGCAGUUUAUAUCCCUGACAUUCAUAAUUAAAAAAAUUGUCUGACACAACAGAUUAAUUUCUUGAAUAAGGUAUGUUUAUAUUAUAAUAUUUGUGUUCAUUUGUGUUCUUCUCUAGAAAGAGCAGAGCAACCUUUUCCUCUGGAUUUCUUGGCAUCUUUGGCUAAUAACCCAAAGUUCCCUAAGUUUUGUCCUUCCCCUUCCAUAUGUGUGCAGAGCCCAAAACACGUCAAUAACCAGCCAUACCCACACACUCCAUGGAGGGAAGGUGAGACAGAGAAAGGUGCUGCUCUUUCUGUUUCCAUUUCAACAAGUACUUGUCACUUAUGAGUUUGCCACUUAAAGGCUUUGCUGCUUAAUGAGAUCAAAGCAUGUUUAACAAGAUCAAAGACAAGAAAAAAUAUGAAGUUUGAAGUGAAAAGCAAUUGCAAAAAAAGUUGCAUUGCACCCAAGAAUGCCAGAAAAUGAUGUCUAUCUAGUGAUUGUUUAGAUGUAAAACAUUAUUUGCUAUGUUGCAUCGUAGAGACCUUUUUUUUAGCUUGGACAUGUUAUUUUGUCUCGUGGCAAUGUUCU